CUGAGCACUCUUCAGUCUGGUGUCCUGUUGCUUGACGAGCAUCUCGAAGCCUUCAGCUCUCCACUUUCACACAGCGACAGAGAACAGAACCAGACUGACCAUGAGCCAUUCUUCAGCGCAUACCUCCACCUCCUACAGGCGGACCUUUGGAAGCCCACACCCCAUUUCAAUGUCCUCCUACUCCCCCGUGUCCUCCCGUAUGCCCAUGUCCGGGGGACGCUAUGUGCGUUCCAUGUCUCCUGUGGUGACAUCCCGCUCCACCACCUACCACCAACAACGCUCCCGUCCCAGCCCUCAGCCCCCUCGCCUCUCCUAUGACAAGGUGGACUUCACCCUCGCUGAGGCCAUCAACCAGGAGUUCCUCACCACUCGCAGCAACGAGAAGGCCGAGCUGCAGGAGCUCAAUGACCGCUUCGCCAGCUUCAUUGAGAAGGUGCGCUACCUAGAGCAGCAGAACGGCGCACUGCAGCAGGAGCUCAACCAGUUCAAGGGUCAGCAGCAGCACGGCCAGCCCAACCGUGCCUCCGAGCUCUUCCAGGAGGAGCUAAGGGAGAUGCGGCGCCAGAUGGAUGCUGUUGGCAAAGAGAGAGACCAGUACCAGCUGGAGAGGGACAACCUGGCUGAAGACCUGGCACUAAUCAAGCAGAGGUUGGAGGAAGAAGCCCAGAAGAGGGCGGAUGCUGAGAGUAACCUGGUUGCCUUCCGCAAGGAUGUGGAUGAUGCCACACUGGCCCGUCUGGAGCUGGAAAGGAAGAUUGAGUCUCUGAUGGAUGAGAUCGAAUUCCUUAAGAAACUCCAUGAUGAGGAAAUCCAGGAUGUCCAGGUGAGUGUUCAGACCCAUCAGCUGAAGAUGGAGGUGGACAGCACCUCUAGGCCCGACCUAACUGGGGCUCUGAGGGACAUCAGGGCCCAGUACGAGACCAUUGCCUUGAAGAACAUGCAAGAAUCUGAGGACUGGUACAAGUCCAAGUUUGCUGAUUUGACUGAAUCUGCAAAACGCAACACUGAUGCUCUGAGGCAGGCCAAGCAGGAGGCCAACGAGUCCAGGAGGCAGAUUCAGUCUCUCAACUGUGAAAUUGAUGCAAUGAAGAACACUAAUGAAGCUCUGCUGAGGCAGAUGCGUGAAAUGGAGGACCAGUUUGGCAAUGAGAUUGCCAACUACCAAGACAAUGUAGGCCGACUGGAGGACGAGAUCCGCCACCUGAAGGACGAGAUGGCUCGCCACCUGAGGGAGUACCAGGACCUCCUCAAUGUCAAAAUGGCUCUGGACAUUGAGAUCGCUACUUACCGUAAACUGCUGGAGGGGGAGGAGAGCAGGAUUACUGUUCCCAUCCUCAAUAUUGGGAUGAGCAAUCACUUUGGUGACCGAGACUAUGAAAAACCUCCAGAAAGCCAGAGCAAGAGGACUGUGGUGAUAAAGACAGUUGAGACUAGAGAUGGAGAGGUGGUGAAGGAAUCCAGGAGGGAGAAAGAGAGAGGCUCGGAUAAAAGUGACAAGGAAGACAAGGAGGACAAGGAGGGCAAGGAGGACAAGGAGGAGUAAAAAUUCAUUAGACAAUGUGAAGGCCAGUGCCAUGAUAGAAAAGUGGAAAAAAUAGAAAAAAGACAACUCUGAUCUAUAUAGCCCUCAUUCCUACUAGUUAUGUGUUUCAGUGUCUAGCAAAGUGAGUCUAAGCAUAGGUGCAAUGUUGGAUGAAUUCCUUCAGAGAGUCCAUUUGGUGCUAUUUGGAGCCACCCGACUUUUGCUGAACACUUUGUGUCUUCUUUAGAACUGUGCAAAACCACUUAUUAACAUACCACCCGAGGCCUUCAUUUACAGUGCAAUCCCGCAGAAUCCUUAGACGACCACACAUUUGUAGUCGAGCAUUAAACUACUAAAUAGGCAGGAUUUCAAUAGAGUGUGUCCUAAAUAUGAAUAUGCUAACACACAUCCUGACACUGCCCUUUGGCAAACUCACCUUAAAAGACAGACCGCCUACAUUUAUUUUAGGAGCUUUGCUAUCGUCUUAUUGUGCAAACUACCUUUUCACCAAAGACAUGCAUUCUUGGUAAAUAAGUAACACACAAGAAAUGUUGACAAUGAAAAAUCUGACAGUCACCAACUGAGUAGACUUUUUGCUGAAUGUGCUUUGUAACGCUGUGGUGUGUAUCUGGCACAACUGAUGAAAGAAUAUGUUCGUGCAAAAUAAACCCAAAUGGAGCAAA